GCCGCCAGCAGCGGGUGUCACUCACUCACUAAGUCGGUCUGUUGCUUUCAGUGUGGCCGGUUACUUUCUUCAUUUGGAAACUGGGAAUGACAAUGGCGGAGUGUUAAAUGCACCAUGGCCGGUCACAGGACUAACACAGCUGAUCGCAGCAGGAGACCACAUGAAGUUAUAUGUGUGACGUUUGGAGCUGAACUCCUGCACAGAGGACCAAUUAGAGCACUUUUAAGGAGCUUUCUUUAACCAAAGUUAGGAGCGUCACGUGAAACUUGGAGUUAAAGUUAUAGCCUACUGUUUACUUUUGUGCGCGAGCCAUGGCUCUGUCCCAAAUACUGUGCCUGGACGAUAACCAUGUGAACCCGCGGACGCACGAGUCCAAACCGGAGUUCCUGUACAGCGAGGACCAGCGGCUCGCGCUGGAGGCUUUCCUGCGGGAAGGUCGCGAGGCGUUUGUUAAGUACCUGGGGACCCACGGCCUGCGCGGCUUCCUCUCAGACCCGGAGCUGGACACUCUCGCCGGGGCGGUGGAGCCCUAUGACCCGGGCUUGGAGCUCUUUCCGGAGGAUGCCGAGGAGGACGAGCCCCCGCCGCUGUCAGAGCACUACUGGCCCGACCUGUCGGACACGUCCAUCCCGCAGAUGGACCUGGGCUGGCCGGAGAGCAUUUCUUACCGGGGGGUCACGCGCACUACCGUGUACACGCAGCCACCAAUGGAGGACCAGGCGCACAUCAAAGAAGUUGUCAGGAAGAUGAUUGCGCAGGCGCAAAAGGUAAUUGCAGUGGUGAUGGAUGUGUUCACCGAUGUCGACAUCUUCAGAGAUUUGCUAGAUGCUGGUUUCAAGAGGAAAGUGUCAGUCUACAUCCUGUUGGAGCGCGCAACACUACCUCAUUUCCGAUCCAUGUGUCAGAGGGCUGACAUGCAUGCCGGACACCUCAAGCACCUGCGUGUACGCUGCACACAUGGAUCAGAGUUCUACACUCGGUCCUGCACCAGAGUCAGAGGGCGAAUGGGACACAGAUUCAUGUUCAUCGAUGGCGACAAAGCUGUGUCUGGGUCGUACAGUUUCACUUGGAUGUCAUCACGGCUGGAUAGAAAUCUCAUCACCGUGACUACAGGCCAAGCAGUGGAAACGUUCGACAGGCUGUUUUGCAUCCUCUACGGAUCCUCUAGCUCGGUUGACCUCCGGCAAGUCGCCACAAAGCCUGAACCUGAGCUGGAGCCCCUCCCACAACAGGCCGCAUUGCCCCUUCCUUCUGCUGCUAUUGCAAGGAAAAUGUACAACCCCAAAUACGCCCUGGUUGCUUUAAGCAGCCCCAGCCCGGCCCCUUCUGAUGGCCCCAAAGAGACCCAAACUCCAGAGGAAUCCAAGAACCCUGAAACAAAGAAACGGAGGCGGAGGAGGGGGAGUAAAGAAGCCAUACAGGAGGCCCCUCCCACUCACCCUGGACUCAUUCUAGAGAAAGUGAACUUGAUACCAUACCUGCCCACCUGGCCAGAGCCUGACCCCUCCAGUGAUGUUAUUGGGUUCAUUAACGUUCGUGAUUCCAAAAAGCCGACUCAGGUCCAUCUGCAGAGAUCUGAGAUGUUUCAGACCAGCCAAGCGAUCAAGUUUAGCAGUCCAUUCAGCAUGCCUAAGGAAAUCCUGCCAGAGGUCGCCAAGCCCAGACAGCUCACCACCAAACAUGAGGAGAUGAAUAAACUCAAACCAGCACAAGAUAAAACCAAAGCUGAAGAGUCGGCGGUAGGCAGAGCUCAGCCAACGCAACUCAACGCACAGCCUGGUGACAUCAAAAGCAAAGCAGAGGCACCUGGACAGAAACCACCUAUAUCUGAACCAAAGUUCGAAUCCAAAAAUGACACAAUAAAGACUCUCAACGCUGAGAAUAAACUGCAUUCAAACACGCACAACAACCUAGAUGCAGGGCACAACGGUACACCUCACCUUAAUGUGCACACACCUCACCAAUCCAGCAACAAAGCAUCCACUCCUAACACUGAGAGGCCUUCACACACCACACAAAAUGCCACCGUCCUCCCUGGAUCAAACACUAAAAAUGAAACUAAUUCAAACACACAUCAUGCUGUUGUGUACAGGACGAACACCCUGGAGACGAGCAGUACAAAAACCUCACACCUGUGUCAUCCCGCUGACAUCACAGAGCCGCACACACAGGCUGUUCAAACGCAGCCACAAAACUCCUCUGAAAUGACUCCCGACAGCCACAAGCCCUCCUCUCCUACUUCUGCUACAUGCUCUCAGUCUGUCAGUUCCACCUCUGAAAACAAUCAGGUCUCCGUUGCUACAAGCACGACUACCAGUGGCUGUUCUCCUUUGUCCCCCCUCAGCUCCUCUUCUUCCGUUCCUCCUCUUACCUCAUCUUCUACAACUCCAAAUCCUCACCUCCCUUCAUCCUCAACAUCCCCACCUUCAACCUCAACCCCUCCCAUCCCUAAACCUCGCACUGUCCAGCUGGUUAUCAAAGGCGGUGUAACUGGCGAUAACCAGAAGCUGCCAGAGUUCAAUGUUGUCAGGAAGCCUGAGCCCAGCACGGGGCCGCCAGUGGUUCAAAAUGUAGCAUCAGAAAAAGUCCCCGAAACUGUUCCAGCACUGCAGGAUGUCAGUGGAAGCAUGACAGGGGCACAAAAAGAUGUCAAGAAUGCAGAGAAAUCUCCACAGCAAAGUUUUACCUCUCAGCAGACGAAGAAUGAGGAAGCAGUUGGACGACACGAUGACAGAGAAGGAAUGCAGUUGGUGGCUGGAAACAACCUGGAAGCCAGGUCAGAUGUUUUGAUUACUGGCAUGCCAAGAGCAGAGAGUGAAAGUAGUCUGGAAAUAAUUCCAAAAGAUGUCGAGCCCAAGACUUUGACAUCAAAAGAAAGCACAUUAACCCCACAGACAGACUGUGAAGCCGAGGCGCAGACAGAGAUAAAGGCCCCAGAAAGAGCACUAAGAGGCUGUGACCUCACUGAGGUGCCAAAUGAAAAAAGUGAGAAUGUCACAGAGCACAAAACGUACCUUGCAAGAGCAUGUGUACCUCAGAGAAUAUCAUAUAAUAAUACAGAUGCAUUAGAGACUGUGGACUCUUUAAAAUCUCUAACACACACUCCUGUGUCUGCUACACACAUAUCCAAAGACAGUGCAGCUGCAGACACACAAGGCCAGCAGGCUAACCCAGCACACCACACAGACGGCAUACCAAAUACUGCAAAACAUAACACGCACAGCACUUUCCAAGAACAAAUUCCUAAAGCACGUGGAAGCACACACACACCUGAAAGACCCCUGCACUUGCAUCUCUCGGACAUACACACGCCGGACUUUCGUUCACCUGAGAGAGAAUCGCGGUCGCUCACGGCUCUCAUACGCACUCCGACUCCAGAUGGAUUUCUCCCGCAGACGCCCACCCCUGACUCAAGAACUCACACGCCGGAUCCACAGUCGCACACUCCAGACUUUCGAACUCCUACGCCCGACGGGUACGUCUCCGCUCUCUCCACCGCCUCAGAGGAUUAUUACGAAUGUAGCGACUCUCCUUCUCCUUCUCUCCUGAACCACGAAGCGAUGGAGGAUCAUACUGACUUCACUCUUACAAAUACUUCUUACGCUACAACCAGUCCUCUAUACAUGAAUUUUAACAGUUGUGCUGCUUCAUUGGGCAUUCUAGACAGUAGGACCUCUAGCAAUGAAACACUGAGUUCGUCUGGACCUGCUGGAGUCUCCUCUUCUUCUCCUUUACUUGAGAAGAAGGCAAAAAUGUGGGAUGGAAAGGAAAUCACAAAUGAAGAAAAUGGGAGAGAAGAAGUGCCAGAGAGGAGGACAGAGGGAGUUUACAAGGGGACGGAGAGGAGAGGCAGCGAGGAAGCUAAGAGAACAGCAGACCAUUUAAAACAAGGAGAAAAUUCAACAGAGACAGAAGAAAACAAACACGAGGCCCAACCCCAGGCCCCGAAGAGGAAGAGGGUGAUAAACCAAUCAGCAGCUGUCGAUGGAGGAGUGACUCCAGGAGAAUUAACCAAUGACAAAACAGAGCCAAAGCGAUUGUCCACAGGUGACCCUCAACCUAAGAAGAGUUCUGAGGGAAAGAGACCAGACAAAGAGAAGGCAGUGGACAAGGCGUCACUAGGACCCGUCAGUGUGGAGAAGAAAGACCGGCCCCAGUUAAUCAAAGAGACGGAGGGACAGAAGAUUUUGCACACUCCUCCCAAAAUUCCACGAGGACAGCAGCAGAACAAUGGAUCGUCCUCUCCUUCCCGACCACCCAGACCCCCGCGACCAAUCUCAGGCAACCAGUCUUUGGGUCCUCGUCCCUGGGAAACCCGUCAGCUGAACCAGACAGAAAGCAAGGUGCUCCACGGUAAUUUCCAGGUCUUGGAUAAUACCUCAUCACCUCGCAGGCUGCCAUCCAGACCACCUCCUCCAGUGGCAGCGGGACGGAAGCAGGCCGAAGUCUCCCCCGGCCAGCAGAGCCUCCUCUCACGACAGCCUCUAGCAGCGCAGGGCAGGACGAGACCCGGACAGUCACUAAAUCCACAUCCCUACCCAAAGCCCCAGGCCUCUUUCCUCCACACACACUCAAACAGAGGGGAGCAGCUCCAACCUCAUUCCCAGAACCAGACGGUAGCACAGCAGGAAACACAUUGGCAGGAAGAAGCAAGGUCUCCAUUUAGCUUCACUUUUAGCAGGCUGUACAACUUGAAGGGCCUGAAGGACAAGGUGAGCAAGCUGCCAGCACAGAGCAAGAGAGGCAGCGCCAGCUCUCCGGGACAGGGACGCAAGAGCACGAGCUAGUCUGGUACCAUCGGUCAUCCUGGCAUUAAUACUGUAUCACACCAAGCCAAAGCAAAAAAAGCCAACUCAAAAAAACAAAAAACAAACAAACACAGAAUUAAAGGGACAGUUCA